UAUAAACCGCCAUGGCACGUACAAAGCAGACCGCCCGUAAAUCGACCGGUGGCAAGGCUCCACGAAAACAGUUGGCGACCAAAGCGGCCCGCAAGAGCGCACCGGCCACCGGUGGUGUCAAGAAGCCGCAUCGUUACAGGCCCGGCACCGUGGCCCUGCGUGAGAUUCGUCGCUACCAAAAGAGCACCGAGCUGCUGAUCCGCAAGCUGCCUUUCCAGCGUCUGGUCCGCGAGAUCGCUCAGGACUUCAAGACUGAUCUACGUUUCCAGAGUUCCGCUGUGAUGGCUUUGCAGGAGGCCAGCGAGGCGUAUCUGGUCGGUCUCUUCGAGGACACCAACCUUUGCGCCAUCCACGCUAAACGCGUCACCAUCAUGCCGAAGGACAUCCAGCUCGCCCGCCGUAUCAGAGGCGAACGUGCUUGAGCUUGUCGUCACUUCGUAUUGGACUUCGACUCUCUCGUCGUGAUCGUGGUCGUGACAGUCGUAUACGCGCCGUAUACGCGUGUCACGUACACGGUACGACGGUGGUGUAUAGGAGAGGAGAAGAAGAAUAUUAUCACACACACACACACAAAAGGCCCUUUUCAGGGCCACAAAUGUUUUCUGUACUUUGUUAACGUUUCCGUUCGUUGAGAUCACUGUCUAGUUUAACUUGUCAACGACGUAAAAACCGAAUCGAUUCAUUCAUUCAUUUACUUGA